GAAUCAAGUGAAGGCGAAGGAGUUCCUCGCUCCGCCCUCUCAUCUUUCGGAGAUCGCGGUCGUUGCUCGCUCGUUCCGUCGCGAUCUCCUCUCUCCCCUCAUAAUGGGUGGGAGGAACUUGACGGCACCGCUUGUCUUGAUGUUUAUUGCGGCCCUUUUCUCCCAGAUUUGGGCGUCGGAUCCGUUGUUCUACGAGUCGUUCGACGAGUCUUUCGAGGGGCGAUGGAUUGUCUCCGAGAAGGCGGACUACGAAGGUACAUGGAAACACUCGAAGAGUGAUGGUCAUGAAGACUAUGGGCUUCUUGUCAGUGAACAAGCUAGAAAAUAUGCGAUUGUCAAGGAACUUGAGGAGCCAGUUGCUCUCAAGGAUGGAACAGUUGUUCUUCAGUUUGAAGUCCGGUUACAAAAUGGACUUGAAUGUGGAGGCGCAUAUCUUAAGUACCUACGUCCACAAGAAGCUGGAUGGACUCCUAAGGGAUUUAAUAAUGAGUCUCCAUUUACUAUCAUGUUUGGACCUGAUAAGUGUGGGUCCACAAAUAAGGUGCACUUCAUCCUUCAGCACAAGAAUCCUAAAACUGGAAAGUUUGUGGAACACCAUUUGAAGUAUCCUCCAUCAGUGCCAUUUGACAAAAAUUCUCAUGUUUAUACUGCUAUUCUGAAACCUGACAAUGAGCUGAAAAUUUUGAUUGACGGUGAAGAGAAGAAAAAGGCGAAUUUGUUGUCUUCUGAUGACUUUGAGCCAGCUCUUAUCCCACCCAAAACAAUUCCUGACCCUGAUGACAAGAAACCUGAGGAUUGGGAUGAGCGAGCUAAAAUUCCAGACCCUGAUGCAGUAAAGCCUGAUGACUGGGAUGAAGAUGCGCCAAUGGAGAUUGAAGAUGAGGAAGCUGUCAAACCAGAAGGAUGGCUGGAUGAUGAACCUGCGGAAACUGAUGACCCUGAAGCAACAAAGCCAGAAGAUUGGGAUGAUGAAGAGGAUGGAGAAUGGGAAGCACCCAAGGUUGACAACCCCAAGUGUGAAGCAGCACCCGGCUGUGGAGAGUGGAAGAGGCCCAUGAAGAGGAAUCCAGCAUACAAGGGGAAAUGGUCUGCUCCUCUAAUUGACAAUCCGAACUACAAGGGUAUCUGGAAGCCACAAGAGAUAGAUAAUCCCGAAUACUUCGAACUGGACAAACCGAACAUGGAGCCUAUUGAUGCCAUUGGUAUUGAGAUAUGGACCAUGCAGGAUGGGAUUCUGUUUGACAAUAUUUUGAUAUCUACUGACGAGAAGGUUGCUGAGUCGUAUAGGUUGGAGACAUGGAAGCCUAAGUAUGACGUUGAGAAAGAAAAGCAGAAGGCUGAAGACGCUGGUGCUGGGUUUAAAGAUGGACUUUCAGGUCUCCAGAAGAAGAUAUUUGAUGUUCUCUACAGGAUAGCAGACAUUCCUUUCUUGAAACCAUACCAGAUAAAAAUCAUUGAUGUUAUUGAGAAGGCAGAGAAACAACCUACCGUCACCAUUGGAGUUCUGGUGUCCACGGUAGUGGUAUUUGCCACUGUCAUAGUCAGGCUUCUCUUUGGUAGCAAAAAGAAACCUCAGAGACAAGAAGUCUCAGCACCGUCUGCUUCCAAAACCAAGUCAGCCGAAACUGUUGGGAAUGAUUCUCCAGGCACUAAUGGCACUAAUGAAGAGAAAGAAGAGAAUGUAAAAGUUGAUGAUGCAUCUGCUCCUCGAGCUCGGAAAUCCAGAAGGGAGACCUGAGGUAGCAAGCUCUUCAAAUUUUGUGAGAUGUUCCGAGCUUAGAUAUGCGUUGCGUUGUUAGGCUUUCCGGUGGGGGCUGAAGCGCACACUUGCCUCCUUCCAAUUAAAAGUUAGCUUUACAAUUUGUCCUUGAAUUUGUGGACUAGAAAUCUAUGGCUUAUAUAAUUUCUUGUAAUUUGCUUCUUUGAACAAUUAUUUUUAGAGUUAACAUAGCUUCUUGUAAUUUGCUUAGUUAAACAUUCUUAGAACUUUUAUUAUGAAAAAACAUUAAUUUAUUUUUAA